UUCAAAACUUAACUCACAGUCCCGAGUCAACGCGGCGAGUUGCUCACCUCCUCUUCUCCUGUGAGCUCCUCUCUCACGUCUGCCGGAGCGCACCGAAGAAGAAGAAAAACAUCCAGGGGGAGAAAUAAAAUAAAGAAAAGGACGAACAUCUUCUUCCAUCGGAGACGAAGCAGGAGGAUUUUUAAAAAAAAAUUUUUUACACCAGAAAAGCCCCGGGACCAGAGCCCCUCUGUCUGCGGGCAAAGGCGCCUGAACUUUUUUUUUCCCUUUUUCAUUUAAAACUUCGACCACAGAAAGAACAAGGUGGGAAAAGGCAAAAUGAAUCGGAGCUUUAAACAGUCGCAGCCUCUGCGGACUACCGACUGUACCGCCGUGGAAGUGAAGAGCAAGUAUGGGGCCGAAUUUCGCCGGUUCUCCGUGGACCGGGUCAAGCCCGGGAAGUUCGAGGAGUUUUACAAGCUCAUUCUGCACAUUCACCGCAUCGCCAACAUGGAGGUGAUGAUCGGCUACGCUGACGUCCACGGCGACCUCCUGCCGAUCAACAACGACGACAACUUCUGCAAGGCGGUGUCGACGGCUCACCCGCUGCUCCGGAUCUUCAUACAGAGACAAGAAGAGGUCGACUAUGCCAACUUUGGCACCAACACAAUAACUCGUAGGAAGAAGGCGGUGGUUGCGCUGCGCAAUAAUGACGUCAACCGCAAGCGGCCACACAUCCGCAUUGGGAUGCCCCAGGACUUCCGGCCCGUCUCCUCCAUCAUCGAUGUGGACAUCCUACCCGAAUCCCACCGCCGCGUCCGACUGUAUCGCCACGGCUCGGACAAACCGCUGGGCUUCUACAUCAGAGAUGGGACCAGCGUGCGGGUGACGCCGCACGGGCUCGAGAAGGUCCCGGGCAUCUUCAUAUCUCGGCUGGUGCCCGGGGGGUUGGCUGAGAGCACCGGGCUGCUGGCAGUUAACGAUGAGGUGCUGGAGGUGAAUGGCAUUGAGGUGACUGGGAAGUCCUUGGAUCAGGUAACGGAUAUGAUGAUCGCCAACAGCCAUAACCUGAUUGUGACGGUUAAGCCAGUGAACCAGCGCAAUAACGUGGUCCGCAGCAGCAGGAUCUCCGGGAGCUCGGGCCAGUCGUCUGACAGCAGCGGGUCGACUGGUUACCCGAGUUUGUCGGUGGCCUCAGUGGGGGUGAUGUCCUCUGGUGCACACGGGUACCAGGACGACCUGGAGAGCGACGAAGACACCGAUAUCGUAAUUGAGAGCAGCCUCAAACGGCCGUCUCAGAGGUCCAACACUUCCCUAGCGUCUAGUGUGUCUCGCACGCACCAGCAGACGCCAACGACAGCUUCAGGCCCAGCGGCACCGCCAAGCCCUCCCACGCGUCCUUCGUCUGUGGUCUCCACAGCCUCCUUCCACUCCCAGGUGAGCCUCAACGGAGGGUCCCAUCACCAACACCAACACAGCAGCCUCAGCUACCAGCUCCACAGAGACCUGAACCUCCAGCAAAACCCACACCAACAGUCCCAGCACCGCCACCACCACGUACAGCCUCCGCAUCACAGCAGCAACCCGGCCCUCCGCCACAGCAACGGCAGCCUGCACAAAAUCCUCAGCUCCAUGAAAUCGGACCCACGACACAGUCUCGCACUGCCCAGAGGUGGGGUGGAGGAGGAUGGCACCGUCAUUACCCUAUAAUACUUACAACACACACACACACACCCACACUCACAGAGACAGCAACAUCCCAACUGCUCAGAGACUAAAACUGGAACACCAGGCCGGAUAAAUAAUGAGCAAGAGCGCGUUUUGUCAGAUACUAAUUUUGUAACUUCUGUUUGUUUUUACAAGAUAAUUGAUAACAGGAAGUUACAAGCCAGGAAACAAGGAAAAUGUAUUGUAAAUAUUCCCGUAUUUUUUAAGUCGUCUUUGUCUUACAUCGAAAGAUUUGUACGUAUGUAUGUAAUAAGCAUCAGAACAAACUGUUUUUGGCGAGUCCACUGUAACCUAGAGUUCUGACUGUGCCUACAGCCUAAUAUCUUUUGUUAGUGACCACUUUUAUUAAGAUCCUCUUCAUUCUUAUUACUGGGACCAACUUGGGGUUGCUUAUGGAUGUUUUUAAAGAGUAAAUCUAUAUUUCUUAUAUUCUGAUAAAAUGCUGUGUAGAGUAUGAUUUUUUUUUUAAUAGUUCUUUUAUGCCUUGAUGAUUGUGAUCAAAUCCUUGUAUCUGUUCCAAUAAAUUAUUCUAAGUCUCACAA